CGAUAGAUGCAAAGCAACUCAUCCAAGCCAACUGCACAAUCGGACUCCGCUCCAUUACGAUCUCUUCCGGCGCCGACACGCUAACGGUUAACCGUCGUUGGCCGGCGAUGGUUCAAUUUUGUGAAGAUCUCAAUUAGAUUUUGCUCGUCAAUCUCGGCGCUGCUCAACCUCAAGCAACGGCUAUUUCCUGUCGUUUUGGAGCUGAAUCGGUUGGAUUACAUAGGGAUUCAAAAUGAUUGGAUCUAUUCUAACCAGAGGACUUCUGCUGAUAUUUGGCUAUGCUUAUCCUGCGUAUGAAUGCUACAAGACUGUGGAAUUGAAUAAACCUGACAUCCAGCAGCUUCAAUUUUGGUGCCAGUAUUGGAUCUUGGUGGCUGGUUUGACAGUUUGUGAAAGGAUUGGCGAUACAUUCAUUGGCUGGCUUCCGAUGUACGGUGAAGCUAAGCUGGCCUUCUUUAUAUACUUGUGGUUUCCUAAAACUAAGGGAACAACAUAUGUUUACAGCUCGUUCUUCAAACCAUACAUUGCAAAGCAUGAGACAGAUAUUGAUAGAAAUUUAUUAGAAUUGAGGACAAGAGCAGGAGAUAUGGCAGUCUUGUACUGGCAGAGGGCUGCAAGCUAUGGACAGACAAGAAUUUUUGAUAUCUUGCAGUACAUAGCUUCGCAAUCGACUCCUCCAAAACCCGCUCAGCCACAGCAGCAAGGCCCAAGAGCCCAGAAACCCGGGGAAUUGCCAUCAACCAACAAAUCGAUAGGCGAAACAAGAGAAGAACAAUCCCCAGCAUCUCCAUCAUCAGCAAGUUCCUCGGCUUCUUCUAACGAGAAGCAGGAUACAGCUGAAGAAGUCCGAACCCCGAAAGAUUCAAAAGCAUUGGUAACAGCUACUACUGCCCCGGCAACUUUGAUCGAACAAAAGGCUACACCGACACCAUUGUCGGGUCAAAUCAGCAAGAGUUUAGUACCCACGGAGAAGCAGGUAAUGCAAAUCGAUUCGGCGCCUAAGGAAAACAAUCAACCUCGCCCACAAGAAGUGAUCUUGCAGGAAGCCACGAGGGUGACGAGAGCAAGGUUGAGAAAAACGCGCAGCAAAUAAUCCGGGUAAGACAAACGAUUCCUUCUCACUUGUAGUUUAGACAAGUGAUUGCUGUGGUGUACAUAAAAAUCAUCUCUUUCUCAUGCCAAAUUCGAUUUUUCUAAAUUUUUUUCUUUCUAACAAUGAGAAAGAGAUGUUAUGUUUCGAGCUUUUCUAGAACAAGUGCGCUCAAUUCUAGAGUUCCUAUAGGCAAAUACUCGAUUAAGAUGGAACAUCUAAAUCCGAGAUAUCACAAAUGCAACUAAUCAUUCAGGAGAAGAAUGAUUUUUUCAAAUGUCCAAUUUUUUACUAUUUUCAAAACUCCAAAACUUUUAUCAAAGAGUGUUAUAUUUAGCAGUUCCUAUUGUUAUAUAAAAAAAAGGAACAUUGGAUGAGUUUGGUCAGUCGUCUACAUCAAUGUAGGCAUCAAAACUGAACCCCACCCAAUGUUCAAAAAUGAGGCAUUCUAUUCAACAACCAUCACUCAUUAAUUCAUCAC